UUAGUCCUUUAGAUCUUCGUUUUCUUCCCCAGCAAACAUGUGAGAGAAAAUCCCGGGAAAAGGAAUUGGCUUUCCUCUACCUCCAGGUCGAUUAAACGUGAUUUGGCCUCGGAAUAAAACCCAAAAAAGACAAAAAAAAAACUGAAAAGGAAGAACAGUGAGCGAGGCACUUGUCUUCUACCUUCUGCUCUUCCUGAGAAUUCUCCGCGGAAAAUUUACAACCUUUCUUUGUUUCCGCAUGUCCCUUUCCUCGUCUUCGAUGGCUUUGCUACAUGGGUCGGUUUCCGCUACGUCGGCGGUUCGAUUGGGCUUCUCAACCACAGCACCGCCGUCGUCUCCGGCGACCGUUCCAGCAGAGAAGGGUCGGAGGAGAUCGUGCCGGAGAAGCAUUUUCCGAGCAACGGUACAACCAGGGGCUCCAUCUGUUAACGCCAAGGAAAUGGAACGGCUUUCUGCUAAGGAGUCGCUUCUCAUCGCCUUCAAUGAUUCCGGAGGAUUUGAGGCUUUGGUCAGGGGAAAAACAACUGACGUUCAACGGAUCGAUGUUCAUGAAAGGAUCACAUGUCUAGAGCGGCUCAACCCUACUCCCAGACCAGCCAUGUCUCCCUAUCUCCAAGGCAGAUGGGAUUUCAGGUGGUUGGGGUCCAGAAUACCCGGUUUCUUCCCUUCUCGGGUUAUCUCCGAGAGGUUUCCUCCAAAGCUGGCAAAUUUGUCGAAAAUGGACGUACUGAUCAAGGACGGGAAUGCCAAGGCAACCGCUAGCAUCAGGCUUCUGAACUCGGUAGAAAGCAACAUAAUCCUGACAUCGAGAUUGUCGGUUGAAGGGCCUGUCAGAAUGAAAGAAGAGUAUGCAGAAGGUAUGGUCCAGCCCCCGAAGCUCAUUCAAGAGGCGCUGCCGGAACAGCUAAGAGGUCUAUUGGGUCAAGCCACCGCCACACCGCAGCAGCUUCCUGCUCAUGCCCGGGAUACUUUAGCCACCGGACUCAGAAUUCCGCUCGGUGGAUCUAUCCAGAGAUUCUUCAUGAUAUCUUAUCUAGACGACGAGAUUCUCAUCAUGAGAGAUACUGCCGGAAUUCCUCAAGUUCUGAAGAGGCUGGAAACAUGGUCGUCAUCGACUGGUUGUAAGGUCUCUUGAGUAGGGACAGUCUGAUAUAACGGUGUUCUUCUCCAUUCCAUUGCAGAAAGAACUUCCAUACUGAGACCCUUUUGCAAGUUUUCUAAAGGACAUUACAUUACAAUGUCUGGUUUCUCUUCUGAACAGCAAUCAUGUCGAGAAUGGAUUUCUUGUGUUUUUUUUUU